AUGAAAGUCUGGAGGGUCCAGGUGAAGGAAUUCAAACGUGAGGUGGAGCGCCAGAAGAAACUCAGAUGGCAGGAAAGGAAGGCUGAGCAAGCAGCAAUGGACAUGAAGAGCUGCUGGAGCUCCAUGCAAAAACUCAAGCGUUCAAUGAGAGCGAAGCCGCCAAGAUUCUCGAGACUUGAAACAGAAGCCUUGGUUAGCUGGUGGGAAGCACAGUACUCCUCCGAUGAUUCGGGUCCCCUCCCUUCACUUAGAGAAUGAAAUCCACCCGAACGAGCUGAAGUAGAGACAGCCAUCAAAAGCUUAGGGAAUGGCAAAGCAAUAGGAAAUGACGGAGUGCCGGCUGAGCUGAUCAAGUAUGGUGGAGAGGCAGUAAUAGAUUUUGCUACCCUCCUCAUACAGAAGAUCUGGCUAGCUGGUGCUCUGCCAGAUGGCAUGAAAAGCGCAUGCGUUGUCCUCAUCCCCAAGAAGCCUGGGUCUAAGCAACCCGAAGACAUGAGGCCAAUCACAAUUCUCAACUCUCUUUAUAUUUGAUAAAAUUAUAA